AUGGAAGCAAAAUACAUUGCAGCCUCUGAGGCAGCAAAAGAAGCUAUUUGGUUGAGAAACUUUCUAAUUGAACUGGAGGUUGUGGAGCAUAUAGAUCGGCCUAUGACGCUUCAUUGCGACAAUAGUGCAGCCAUAGCCCAGACUAUGAACCCAAAAUUUCAUAAAGGAAUAAGACACAUUCAAAGGAAACAUCAUGUGGUUCGUGAUAUAGUAAAGCGAGGAGAUAUACUUGUGGCCAAGAUUGCAGCGAAACAUAACCUUGCUGAUCCAUUCACAAAGGCUUUACCAAUCAAGAUGUUUGAUCGUCAUAUGGAGAACAUGGGAAUUAGAUAUUGGAGUGUUAAGGAAUGGAAGGAGGCAUUGAGAGAGGUUAGAGCACUCAAGGGCUGGGACGUGAACAAAACAACCGAAGGGUAUCAAGCAAAAUUGAUAAAGGAGAAGAUUGUUCCGACAGUGUUGUUAGCGUUAAAGAAGAAUUACAUGGUUGUAAGUGACAAUUUAGUUGGAAUUGAUAAACAUGUAAAUGAAAUGAUGAAACUACUAAAGGUUGGCACCAAUGGUGUACGAAUUGUUGGUAUUCACGGCAUGGGUGGUAUUGGCAAGACAACUAUUGCCAAGCUCAUCUACAACAAACUCUUUGAGUGCUUUGAUUGUUGUCAUUUCUUAGAAAACAUUCGAGAAACAGUGCAACAAUAUAAGGGCCUUGAUAGUUUGCAAAAUAAGCUUCUCACUCGAAACUUAAAAUCGUGCCCUGACAUUGCUAACACUGAAAGUGGAAUCGACAUGGUUAAGCAAAGAUUUUUUAGAAAGAAAGUUCUUAUUGUUCUCGAUGAUGUAGAUGAAAGGUCUCAAUUUGAUAAUAUUAUAGGGAAACGUGAUUGGUUUGGUCCGACAAGUAGGAUCAUAAUUACAACUAGAGACAAACAUGUUCUAAAUGUUAUUGGAGUUGAUGGGACUUAUGAACCCCGACAAUUGGACUAUGAGCAAUCUCUCCAACUUUUCAGCAUGCAUGCCUUCCGAAGGGGAUUUCCUCCCAAAGAGUAUCUUAGUAUCUCUAGAGAGGUUGCAUCCACUGCUGGAGGGCUUCCUCUCGCUCUUGAGGUUAUUGGUUCAUUUCUGUCUGAUAAAAAGAAAAAGGUAUGGGAAGAUACAUUGAAGAAGUUGAAGAAAAUACCAAACGACAAGAUCCAAAAGAAGUUGAGAAUAAGUUACGAAGCAUUAAACUAUGAGCAGCAGCAGAUAUUUCUUGAUAUCGCAUGUCAUUUUAAUGGGAUGGAUAAAACAUUUGUGUUUUACAUGUGGGAUGACUGCGGCUAUUAUCCUGAAAAAGAAAUUAGUAUCCUUUGUUUAAUGUCACUACUUCGAGAUUUUGGAAGGGAAAUUGUCCGUCAAGAAAAUUUAAAGAAUCCUGGAAAGCGUAGUCGUCUAUGGGAUCAUGAGGAAGCCUUGGACAUGAUGGAGGAACAAAGCGGCACAGAAGAGGUUGAAACCCUAAUGUUAGAGUAUAUGAAGCACCAACCUUGCUAUACAAAUGAGGAAUUUGUAAAACUAGUAAAUUUAAGGUAUCUCCAAAUGGAUGGUGCAGACCUUGCUGGGGAUUUUAGGCAUCUUUUUUCAAGGUUGAGAUGGCUUCAAUGGCGUGGCUGCCCUUGGCAUUUCAAGCCAACCAAUUUUUAUUUAAAGAAUCUUGUUGUUCUUGAUGUAUCACGAAGUGACAUCUCAGAGGACUGGGAGGGUUGGAAUCAAAUCAAGAUUGCAAAGAAGUUGAAAGUUCUCAAUCUGAACAUUUGUGCUUUCACAAGAACUCCCGACUUCUCUCCAUAUGUAACUUCAGAGAUAUUGAUUCUUUCAAACUGUUUCAAAUUGGUUGAAAUUGACCCAUCCAUUGGUAAUAUGAAGAAUCUAAAAGUGCUCAACAUUUCGUAUUCUCAGAUAAGGGCAUUACCCUAUGAAGUUUGGAUGUUAGAGAAGCUCGAAGAAUUGCACUUUAUCAGGAUCUAUUCACAUGCUGAGACUCCGAGAGAUCUUGGGAAAUUAUUGAAAUUGAAGAAACUGACAUUGGAUUUUUGUAGCAUUAGGACCAUACCAAAAGAGUUUGGUCUCCUUUCUCAGUUGAGGGAUCUCCAAGUACGAUUCUGUCUCUAUCUUCACUCUAUCUUGGGCUUACCCUCAAGUCUAGUUGAGACAGAGGUUCAAGGGCUUGGAAAAUUGGAAUCAUUGAUCAGUUUGGACAUGGUAACAUGCAAUAAGAUUGUGGAACUUGAUCUGCUUCAACACUUGGCAUGCCUUGCAAAAGGAACAGAUGUGACGUCAAAAUUGAAGAAGUUAAGAAGACUACAAUUUUUUGAUUGCCCGGGACUCCAUACAAUCCACGGGCUUGACAAAUUGGAAUUAUUGGAACAUAUGAUUUUGAGUGGUUGCACAUCCAUUGUAAGACCGCCCUGUUUGUCAAACUUUAAAAGGCUGAGAUUCUUAAUUCUUCAAAAUUGCAGGAACUUGCGUGAGCUUGACGGCCUCGAGGCUUUGGAAUUCUUGGAGGAACUGAACGUGUUCGGGUGCAUAUCACUGGAGAAUAUACCACGUCUCCCAAGCACACUAAUUCGGGUGCUCAAGGAUCCAUGUUCUGAUAAAAAUCAAAAGCCAGCAUCUGACUUUAGGCUUCUAGCCGAUGCAUCCAAGCUGGUACCAAGAUCGAGUCCUACACAAGCAGACCUGAUUUUAACAGCCGGAACACGUGCUACAAUGGCCGGGACGCGAUCCUGCGAGGGUGAGCUAACUGCAAAAACCUGGUUGCUAGGUAUCAUGAAAGAGACUCGAUCCUAG